GAAAUUAGAACCCUCCCAUCACUAUUAAGUUUUAAAAAUCGUAUCCGUAAAUUUGAUUUAAGACAAGAUAUUUUUGAACUUCGAGCAUUGUGCCGCCAAAAAGACCAUAAUAAUCUUUUGCCGCCGGUCAAAUUUAGUUGGAAUCACGUGUGUUUCGCACCAGGGAAUGACUUUGGUGGCCGCUUUGAUCAUUUUGACUCAUAUAAAGUGCUGUUCCCUUUGCUCAUUUCUAACCUUUCUCGGAAGGAUAUGAAGCAUUUUGUGGUAGAAAAACCCCAAGGAUGCAAAUGGAAGAUUUGCUUGAUGGAGUUCACCAUUCCCAGAUUCAGGACCGAGAAAUAUGGUAAACAUUCGUUCACCUACCUGGGACCAAAGUUGUGCAAUAAGCUGCCUAGCGAAAUUAGAACCCUCCCAUCACUAUUAAGUUUUAAAAAUCGUAUCCGUAAAUUUGAUUUAAGACAAGAUAUUUUUGAACUUCGAGCAUUGUGCCGCCAAAAAGACCAUAAUAAUCUUUUGCCGCCGGUCAAAUUUAGUUGGAAUCACGUGUGUUUCGCACCAGGGAAUGACUUUGGUGGCCGCUUUGAUCAUUUUGACUCAUAUAAAGUGCUGUUCCCUUUGCUCAUUUCUAACCUUUCUCGGAAGGAUAUGAAGCAUUUUGUGGUAGAAAAACCCCAAGGAUGCAAAUGGAAGAUUUGCUUGAUGGAGUUCACCAUUCCCAGAUUCAGGACCGAGAAAUAUGGUAAACAUUCGUUCACCUACCUGGGACCAAAGUUGUGCAAUAAGCUGCCUAGCGAAAUUAGAACCCUCCCAUCACUAUUAAGUUUUAAAAAUCGUAUCCGUAAAUUUGAUUUAAGACAAGAUAUUUUUGAACUUCGAGCAUUGUGCCGCCAAAAAGACCAUAAUAAUCUUUUGCCGCCGGUCAAAUUUAGUUGGAAUCACGUGUGUUUCGCACCAGGGAAUGACUUUGGUGGCCGCUUUGAUCAUUUUGACUCAUAUAAAGUGCUGUUCCCUUUGCUCAUUUCUAACCUUUCUCGGAAGGAUAUGAAGCAUUUUGUGGUAGAAAAACCCCAAGGAUGCAAAUGGAAGAUUUGCUUGAUGGAGUUCACCAUUCCCAGAUUCAGGACCGAGAAAUAUGGUAAACAUUCGUUCACCUACCUGGGACCAAAGUUGUGCAAUAAGCUGCCUAGCGAAAUUAGAACCCUCCCAUCACUAUUAAGUUUUAAAAAUCGUAUCCGUAAAUUUGAUUUAAGACAAGAUAUUUUUGAACUUCGAGCAUUGUGCCGCCAAAAAGACCAUAAUAAUCUUUUGCCGCCGGUCAAAUUUAGUUGGAAUCACGUGUGUUUCGCACCAGGGAAUGACUUUGGUGGCCGCUUUGAUCAUUUUGACUCAUAUAAAGUGCUGUUCCCUUUGCUCAUUUCUAACCUUUCUCGGAAGGAUAUGAAGCAUUUUGUGGUAGAAAAACCCCAAGGAUGCAAAUGGAAGAUUUGCUUGAUGGAGUUCACCAUUCCCAGAUUCAGGACCGAGAAAUAUGGUAAACAUUCGUUCACCUACCUGGGACCAAAGUUGUGCAAUAAGCUGCCUAGCGAAAUUAGAACCCUCCCAUCACUAUUAAGUUUUAAAAAUCGUAUCCGUAAAUUUGAUUUAAGACAAGAUAUUUUUGAACUUCGAGCAUUGUGCCGCCAAAAAGACCAUAAUAAUCUUUUGCCGCCGGUCAAAUUUAGUUGGAAUCACGUGUGUUUCGCACCAGGGAAUGACUUUGGUGGCCGCUUUGAUCAUUUUGACUCAUAUAAAGUGCUGUUCCCUUUGCUCAUUUCUAACCUUUCUCGGAAGGAUAUGAAGCAUUUUGUGGUAGAAAAACCCCAAGGAUGCAAAUGGAAGAUUUGCUUGAUGGAGUUCACCAUUCCCAGAUUCAGGACCGAGAAAUAUGGUAAACAUUCGUUCACCUACCUGGGACCAAAGUUGUGCAAUAAGCUGCCUAGCGAAAUUAGAACCCUCCCAUCACUAUUAAGUUUUAAAAAUCGUAUCCGUAAAUUUGAUUUAAGACAAGAUAUUUUUGAACUUCGAGCAUUGUGCCGCCAAAAAGACCAUAAUAAUCUUUUGCCGCCGGUCAAAUUUAGUUGGAAUCACGUGUGUUUCGCACCAGGGAAUGACUUUGGUGGCCGCUUUGAUCAUUUUGACUCAUAUAAAGUGCUGUUCCCUUUGCUCAUUUCUAACCUUUCUCGGAAGGAUAUGAAGCAUUUUGUGGUAGAAAAACCCCAAGGAUGCAAAUGGAAGAUUUGCUUGAUGGAGUUCACCAUUCCCAGAUUCAGGACCGAGAAAUAUGGUAAACAUUCGUUCACCUACCUGGGACCAAAGUUGUGCAAUAAGCUGCCUAGCGAAAUUAGAACCCUCCCAUCACUAUUAAGUUUUAAAAAUCGUAUCCGUAAAUUUGAUUUAAGACAAGAUAUUUUUGAACUUCGAGCAUUGUGCCGCCAAAAAGACCAUAAUAAUCUUUUGCCGCCGGUCAAAUUUAGUUGGAAUCACGUGUGUUUCGCACCAGGGAAUGACUUUGGUGGCCGCUUUGAUCAUUUUGACUCAUAUAAAGUGCUGUUCCCUUUGCUCAUUUCUAACCUUUCUCGGAAGGAUAUGAAGCAUUUUGUGGUAGAAAAACCCCAAGGAUGCAAAUGGAAGAUUUGCUUGAUGGAGUUCACCAUUCCCAGAUUCAGGACCGAGAAAUAUGGUAAACAUUCGUUCACCUACCUGGGACCAAAGUUGUGCAAUAAGCUGCCUAGCGAAAUUAGAACCCUCCCAUCACUAUUAAGUUUUAAAAAUCGUAUCCGUAAAUUUGAUUUAAGACAAGAUAUUUUUGAACUUCGAGCAUUGUGCCGCCAAAAAGACCAUAAUAAUCUUUUGCCGCCGGUCAAAUUUAGUUGGAAUCACGUGUGUUUCGCACCAGGGAAUGACUUUGGUGGCCGCUUUGAUCAUUUUGACUCAUAUAAAGUGCUGUUCCCUUUGCUCAUUUCUAACCUUUCUCGGAAGGAUAUGAAGCAUUUUGUGGUAGAAAAACCCCAAGGAUGCAAAUGGAAGAUUUGCUUGAUGGAGUUCACCAUUCCCAGAUUCAGGACCGAGAAAUAUGGUAAACAUUCGUUCACCUACCUGGGACCAAAGUUGUGCAAUAAGCUGCCUAGCGAAAUUAGAACCCUCCCAUCACUAUUAAGUUUUAAAAAUCGUAUCCGUAAAUUUGAUUUAAGACAAGAUAUUUUUGAACUUCGAGCAUUGUGCCGCCAAAAAGACCAUAAUAAUCUUUUGCCGCCGGUCAAAUUUAGUUGGAAUCACGUGUGUUUCGCACCAGGGAAUGACUUUGGUGGCCGCUUUGAUCAUUUUGACUCAUAUAAAGUGCUGUUCCCUUUGCUCAUUUCUAACCUUUCUCGGAAGGAUAUGAAGCAUUUUGUGGUAGAAAAACCCCAAGGAUGCAAAUGGAAGAUUUGCUUGAUGGAGUUCACCAUUCCCAGAUUCAGGACCGAGAAAUAUGGUAAACAUUCGUUCACCUACCUGGGACCAAAGUUGUGCAAUAAGCUGCCUAGCGAAAUUAGAACCCUCCCAUCACUAUUAAGUUUUAAAAAUCGUAUCCGUAAAUUUGAUUUAAGACAAGAUAUUUUUGAACUUCGAGCAUUGUGCCGCCAAAAAGACCAUAAUAAUCUUUUGCCGCCGGUCAAAUUUAGUUGGAAUCACGUGUGUUUCGCACCAGGGAAUGACUUUGGUGGCCGCUUUGAUCAUUUUGACUCAUAUAAAGUGCUGUUCCCUUUGCUCAUUUCUAACCUUUCUCGGAAGGAUAUGAAGCAUUUUGUGGUAGAAAAACCCCAAGGAUGCAAAUGGAAGAUUUGCUUGAUGGAGUUCACCAUUCCCAGAUUCAGGACCGAGAAAUAUGGUAAACAUUCGUUCACCUACCUGGGACCAAAGUUGUGCAAUAAGCUGCCUAGCGAAAUUAGAACCCUCCCAUCACUAUUAAGUUUUAAAAAUCGUAUCCGUAAAUUUGAUUUAAGACAAGAUAUUUUUGAACUUCGAGCAUUGUGCCGCCAAAAAGACCAUAAUAAUCUUUUGCCGCCGGUCAAAUUUAGUUGGAAUCACGUGUGUUUCGCACCAGGGAAUGACUUUGGUGGCCGCUUUGAUCAUUUUGACUCAUAUAAAGUGCUGUUCCCUUUGCUCAUUUCUAACCUUUCUCGGAAGGAUAUGAAGCAUUUUGUGGUAGAAAAACCCCAAGGAUGCAAAUGGAAGAUUUGCUUGAUGGAGUUCACCAUUCCCAGAUUCAGGACCGAGAAAUAUGGUAAACAUUCGUUCACCUACCUGGGACCAAAGUUGUGCAAUAAGCUGCCUAGCGAAAUUAGAACCCUCCCAUCACUAUUAAGUUUUAAAAAUCGUAUCCGUAAAUUUGAUUUAAGACAAGAUAUUUUUGAACUUCGAGCAUUGUGCCGCCAAAAAGACCAUAAUAAUCUUUUGCCGCCGGUCAAAUUUAGUUGGAAUCACGUGUGUUUCGCACCAGGGAAUGACUUUGGUGGCCGCUUUGAUCAUUUUGACUCAUAUAAAGUGCUGUUCCCUUUGCUCAUUUCUAACCUUUCUCGGAAGGAUAUGAAGCAUUUUGUGGUAGAAAAACCCCAAGGAUGCAAAUGGAAGAUUUGCUUGAUGGAGUUCACCAUUCCCAGAUUCAGGACCGAGAAAUAUGGUAAACAUUCGUUCACCUACCUGGGACCAAAGUUGUGCAAUAAGCUGCCUAGCGAAAUUAGAACCCUCCCAUCACUAUUAAGUUUUAAAAAUCGUAUCCGUAAAUUUGAUUUAAGACAAGAUAUUUUUGAACUUCGAGCAUUGUGCCGCCAAAAAGACCAUAAUAAUCUUUUGCCGCCGGUCAAAUUUAGUUGGAAUCACGUGUGUUUCGCACCAGGGAAUGACUUUGGUGGCCGCUUUGAUCAUUUUGACUCAUAUAAAGUGCUGUUCCCUUUGCUCAUUUCUAACCUUUCUCGGAAGGAUAUGAAGCAUUUUGUGGUAGAAAAACCCCAAGGAUGCAAAUGGAAGAUUUGCUUGAUGGAGUUCACCAUUCCCAGAUUCAGGACCGAGAAAUAUGGUAAACAUUCGUUCACCUACCUGGGACCAAAGUUGUGCAAUAAGCUGCCUAGCGAAAUUAGAACCCUCCCAUCACUAUUAAGUUUUAAAAAUCGUAUCCGUAAAUUUGAUUUAAGACAAGAUAUUUUUGAACUUCGAGCAUUGUGCCGCCAAAAAGACCAUAAUAAUCUUUUGCCGCCGGUCAAAUUUAGUUGGAAUCACGUGUGUUUCGCACCAGGGAAUGACUUUGGUGGCCGCUUUGAUCAUUUUGACUCAUAUAAAGUGCUGUUCCCUUUGCUCAUUUCUAACCUUUCUCGGAAGGAUAUGAAGCAUUUUGUGGUAGAAAAACCCCAAGGAUGCAAAUGGAAGAUUUGCUUGAUGGAGUUCACCAUUCCCAGAUUCAGGACCGAGAAAUAUGGUAAACAUUCGUUCACCUACCUGGGACCAAAGUUGUGCAAUAAGCUGCCUAGCGAAAUUAGAACCCUCCCAUCACUAUUAAGUUUUAAAAAUCGUAUCCGUAAAUUUGAUUUAAGACAAGAUAUUUUUGAACUUCGAGCAUUGUGCCGCCAAAAAGACCAUAAUAAUCUUUUGCCGCCGGUCAAAUUUAGUUGGAAUCACGUGUGUUUCGCACCAGGGAAUGACUUUGGUGGCCGCUUUGAUCAUUUUGACUCAUAUAAAGUGCUGUUCCCUUUGCUCAUUUCUAACCUUUCUCGGAAGGAUAUGAAGCAUUUUGUGGUAGAAAAACCCCAAGGAUGCAAAUGGAAGAUUUGCUUGAUGGAGUUCACCAUUCCCAGAUUCAGGACCGAGAAAUAUGGUAAACAUUCGUUCACCUACCUGGGACCAAAGUUGUGCAAUAAGCUGCCUAGCGAAAUUAGAACCCUCCCAUCACUAUUAAGUUUUAAAAAUCGUAUCCGUAAAUUUGAUUUAAGACAAGAUAUUUUUGAACUUCGAGCAUUGUGCCGCCAAAAAGACCAUAAUAAUCUUUUGCCGCCGGUCAAAUUUAGUUGGAAUCACGUGUGUUUCGCACCAGGGAAUGACUUUGGUGGCCGCUUUGAUCAUUUUGACUCAUAUAAAGUGCUGUUCCCUUUGCUCAUUUCUAACCUUUCUCGGAAGGAUAUGAAGCAUUUUGUGGUAGAAAAACCCCAAGGAUGCAAAUGGAAGAUUUGCUUGAUGGAGUUCACCAUUCCCAGAUUCAGGACCGAGAAAUAUGGUAAACAUUCGUUCACCUACCUGGGACCAAAGUUGUGCAAUAAGCUGCCUAGCGAAAUUAGAACCCUCCCAUCACUAUUAAGUUUUAAAAAUCGUAUCCGUAAAUUUGAUUUAAGACAAGAUAUUUUUGAACUUCGAGCAUUGUGCCGCCAAAAAGACCAUAAUAAUCUUUUGCCGCCGGUCAAAUUUAGUUGGAAUCACGUGUGUUUCGCACCAGGGAAUGACUUUGGUGGCCGCUUUGAUCAUUUUGACUCAUAUAAAGUGCUGUUCCCUUUGCUCAUUUCUAACCUUUCUCGGAAGGAUAUGAAGCAUUUUGUGGUAGAAAAACCCCAAGGAUGCAAAUGGAAGAUUUGCUUGAUGGAGUUCACCAUUCCCAGAUUCAGGACCGAGAAAUAUGGUAAACAUUCGUUCACCUACCUGGGACCAAAGUUGUGCAAUAAGCUGCCUAGCGAAAUUAGAACCCUCCCAUCACUAUUAAGUUUUAAAAAUCGUAUCCGUAAAUUUGAUUUAAGACAAGAUAUUUUUGAACUUCGAGCAUUGUGCCGCCAAAAAGACCAUAAUAAUCUUUUGCCGCCGGUCAAAUUUAGUUGGAAUCACGUGUGUUUCGCACCAGGGAAUGACUUUGGUGGCCGCUUUGAUCAUUUUGACUCAUAUAAAGUGCUGUUCCCUUUGCUCAUUUCUAACCUUUCUCGGAAGGAUAUGAAGCAUUUUGUGGUAGAAAAACCCCAAGGAUGCAAAUGGAAGAUUUGCUUGAUGGAGUUCACCAUUCCCAGAUUCAGGACCGAGAAAUAUGGUAAACAUUCGUUCACCUACCUGGGACCAAAGUUGUGCAAUAAGCUGCCUAGCGAAAUUAGAACCCUCCCAUCACUAUUAAGUUUUAAAAAUCGUAUCCGUAAAUUUGAUUUAAGACAAGAUAUUUUUGAACUUCGAGCAUUGUGCCGCCAAAAAGACCAUAAUAAUCUUUUGCCGCCGGUCAAAUUUAGUUGGAAUCACGUGUGUUUCGCACCAGGGAAUGACUUUGGUGGCCGCUUUGAUCAUUUUGACUCAUAUAAAGUGCUGUUCCCUUUGCUCAUUUCUAACCUUUCUCGGAAGGAUAUGAAGCAUUUUGUGGUAGAAAAACCCCAAGGAUGCAAAUGGAAGAUUUGCUUUGGCAGACUUGCCAUGAGAUGUGAACAAUGCUGGCCGUUUGUUAGAAAAGUUAUGGCUGAUUCUGAUGGUUUGAGACGGCUUACUUUUGAUACUUUCUUGCCAAAUCAAUUCAUUAAAGGGUAGUGCAUUCUCAACUUUCAACAUCGCCCUCUCAGCAAGAGAUCUGCUUCCAUUUGGGGGCAGUUUUAUAAGAUGAAUACUCUACACUGUCUGGAUGAUGGAUAAAUUCCAAGAAAAAAGCAAUGGUUUCUGGUGG